CAGAAGCCAGUGCAGCUUGUUUGCUGUGACAGCGGAGGAGGUGCCUAUGUGGUGAAUGCUGCUAUGCCCAUAACACUUUUAGACGGCACUUUUUGGGGGUUUUGACUUUUUUACUAAUGUAGAAUGUCCAGGUUUAAAAUAUCUUACUAACAAUGCGGCGGUACCUCCGCGUGCUCCUCGGCUGUAUUUUGUUUGGUUUCUGCUCUAUUCUGUAUGUGUUUAGCCAGCUCGCUGCGUCUCUGGAGGCGCAUGACGGAUGGAUGGGUAGGAAACCACAGCAGAGAACCGCUGUUCUGCGGGGGGAGAGCAGACACGGAGCCGGGAAAGGGGCGGGAAAAACAGGCCUGGAGAAUCAGUACUGGUACAACAGAUACAUUAUGAGAAAAGCAGAUGCCUCGGAUCCCUCAAACACUCCUGUUGAAACGAUGCACCUUGCUGUAGUGGCCUGUGGAGAGAGGCUUGAAGAGACUGUUACAAUGUUGAAAUCUAUACUUUUAUUUAAUGUCAAGCCCAUUCAGUUUCACAUUUUUGCUGAAGAUAAUCUGCACAUCAAAUUUAAGGACAUACUGGAUUCUUGGUUGGAGUCUUAUCGUUUAAAGUUCAGUUACACUGUGCACUCCAUAACAUUCCCCAGCGGGAAUGCUGCAGAAUGGAAGAGACUGUUCAAACCUUGUGCAUCCCAGCGGCUCUUUCUUCCUAUCAUUCUUAAAGAUGUGGAUUCUUUGCUGUAUGUAGAUACAGACAUUUUGUUUCUGCAGCCAGUGGAUGAGAUGUGGUCUUUUUUUAGAGAACUUAAUUCGACUCAGAUUGCUGCAAUGGCACCAGAGCAUGAAGAGCCUAGCAUUGGAUGGUAUAAUCGCUUUGCCAGGCAUCCUUUUUAUGGCAAGACUGGGAUCAACUCUGGAGUCAUGCUGAUGAAUAUGACUCGGAUUCGAAAAAAGUAUUUUAAGAAAGCCUUUUUGUAUUCCCCUGCCAUUGGAAUUAUCGCCCUGAUCACUGUAUUUAUGGCAGUAACUGCAAAUCUGCUGAAGAAGGAGGCAUCUUCAUUCUUCAUGGAAACCGGGGAGUUUAUCAUGAUCAUAAGCAACCUGCUUUUAAAGCGAUCUACCAAGCAAUACAACAAUACACAUUUGGAGAUGACCCAGUCCAUUCUCUCCUAUACCCACUUGAACAAGAUCUGCAGAAGACAACACAUACUUACUGUGGAAAAGUACAACACUUAUUUACAAAGCAAUUACAAAAGAGUAUAGGAACAAUUCAAGACAAAGUCUCAAGAGGAAGGUAAUUGUGUUUUCAGAUAUGUUGAUACAAACAUUCACUUUGAACUUUAGGGACUCAACUGUGUUUUAUCAUCACAUGGGGCUUCUCUGUGGAACCUCUGGAAGAGGAUUAUCAGUCAGUUCUAAUCCAAGUCCUGUAUGUUCAGACUUGGGAAGAAUAAAUUCUACCCUUUCUCAUUUUUUGUAUUCUUGCUUCCAAGCUGUGAAUUCAACGUAUCAAUGUGUAAAAGCACUAAUCUCACUUUGCUGUGUGUGUGAACCCAACUGUUACUUAAUUGAGGUUUCAAUUUGUAACAGUCAAGGGUGUUAGGUUGAAACAGUUGACAAUCUGCAUCUAAAUGUUUCAUGUGUUAUAAAUGUAUGUGUUACUGGGAACCUUUAUUGACAAUCAUGUGUUAACAGUAAAUCAUUUAGAAGUAAUAAUUAAAGACUGCACAGAAGACUGCUGAGGAUUUUAAUCAACAUUGUUACAGUUUACCUGUCUGGUAAUACAUUAAAGUACAAUCAAAUACAUUUAUUUAAAAGACAAAUCUGAAUAGAAAGCCAAAUAUUUGGAUUUUCCAAAUAGGCACUGUCCAAAUGCAUACUGUUCAAAUACGUUUUCUGGUAAGCCAAUAAGUAUUGAUUAUUAUUUGUAUUUAACAGCCAGUAAAAUUGGCAUGCAGUAAACCCAAGGAGAGAUUUAUGUAUAUGGUAUAAUCUCUCAUGUUGAUUUUUAAACAUUUUCCCUUUUACUUUUUGAAACACUCUUAUUACUACUUAGUCAGGAAGGCGCAGUCCCAUUGUGUCCGAGUGUUUGUCUAAUUAACUUUUGUUUAGUUUCUUGUGAACAUUCAGAACAAUUAUCUUUAUGGUUCCAGUUUCAAAAACUGUGUAGUGACCUUGUGGCAGCUACUCAAAGAAUUCUCAUCUCAAAAUUUAAAGGAGUUUUAUUCCACUUACAAUUCAGUUGUUGGUUUUUAUUCAUCUCAGAAAUGAAGACUGAUGCACAUCUGUGUUCUGAAUAAAACCACUAAACACCUGGAAGUGUCUUGUAUGAGAUCAGUUAUGGUAUGCUUAUUGUUGUUUAUGCCUAAAAAAGAUUACUUUUAAAAUGUUAACAUUUUCAUGUAAUUUUGUUUACUGAAUAAGAAUCUAUGUUUUAAAUGCAGUAAAAUAAUCAAGUUGCACUAAAUGUAGUAUAAAAAUAGAAAAUGUUUUUGGAUAGAAAUUGUUGCCCAGAAAUGUGAAAUUUGGCGUGAAAUUUUUGGGUCCUACAUAUAUUUAAGCGAUAGUGCCCGCCGAUGAGGGCUCUACCAUGUGAUAAUUGACCGCGAUGGGAGUUAUGCGUCCCUCACCAAAGGCGCUAAUGAAAGUCAAGGUCAUCUACCACACGGUAGAGCCCUCAGAUGGGGCACUAUCGCUAUUAGAAAACAAUUUGUAUUAUUAUUUUCUUUAAAAAACCUUAGAACUUAGAUUUACUUUGAACUUGUACUGAUUCGUUGGGUAAAGACGUCCUAAGAAAAUAGUCCCGAACAUUUUUUUAAAUAAAUAGAAAACAAGGAUGGCAUACAUAUAAAGAGAAAAACAUUUUUUUUUUUUUUAGUAAAUCAGUUUUUCUUUUUUUAUUAACUUGUUUUAAACUCUUAUUUAUAAUUUGGAUAUUGCCUGAAUGAACGGAGCCAUUACUGAACAGUUCGUAUAAGAUGGAGUCUGAGCUACCAACACAUCUCAUUAAAUACCACUCUAAAAUGCCUCCAAACUCACCGUGUUUCUACCAUCAGCCAGAGCCUUUCUCUCCUGAAUAUAAAUGAAUGGAGCAAUAUUAUUGAACUAUCCGUGUCUUGCUUUGUUGAGCCGACAGUCUGUGAUUGGCUCUUGGCAGUUGCAGGUAAUUUACAAUGCAAUUUAUUGAUUGGCUGGUUUUGGUGAAUAAUAAAUAAAUUUGGACCAAUUAUGUCUUUUUUUUUUUUUUUUUUUUUUUUUUUUUUUUUUUUAGUAUUUACUCUCCAAUACAUUUGAACUAUGCUUAAAAAAUACAAAAGAUUAAAAAGAAAGCCAGCACUUGCGCAGAUUGAUUUUAAAUUUGAUUCGCAUUUGGUGCUGAGACGUUCCAACGGGCACUCAACUGUCUAUUAGUGCCCGCUAGAGCUGGAGGUUGAUUGGCUGACGGUACUGAAUCAUUUUCUCUCUCAUAUAUAUGUGUGUGUGUUUGCUUUUUAAUUGAGCUGUAUUU